CUUUAUAGCACCGUUUCUCAUAUUAUCAGGAACGUUUCUUUGCUAGUUCUCUCCGGUCAUCAUCUCCGAACAAAUUUGUCAGAAGAGCCAUGGACUUUGUUCUGAAUAAGAUUAAUAAGCACUUGGACAAUCACAUGAUCUUUGAUCAGCAUAUGAAGGACCUUAAAAGGAAAUUAAAAGAAUUGAAUGGUACGAAGAAAGAUACGGAAUCUAUAAUGAGAAAAGAGCUGCAGCCAAGGAAGAAACUCAAGGCGGAAGUCCAGAUAUGGUUGGAAAAUGUUGAAAGACUCAAUGGCGAAGUGCAAGACCUUGAUGACAGAAUCGGUGAAAGUAGUGCUCUUACACGGGGAUUUCACACAGAAGAUGUGUCAAAGAUUACAAAGGAAGUUGAAGAACUUAUUAUUCAACAUGGUAAGUUUCAUGGAGGUUUGGUGGUUGACAAUCCUCAAUGGAUCGGACAAGUUUUAUCGACAAUAAGUUUAUCAGGUGAAGCUGUAAAGGCCUGUGUUAAAGAGAUUUGGCAGUGCUUGAUGGAUGAUGGGGUUCGAAAGAUUGGAGUUUGGGGCAUGGGUGGCGUGGGGAAAACAAGCAUGAUGAAGGUUAUAAACAACCAACUCUUAAAAGAGACGGGGAAAUUUGAAAUUGUGAUUUGGAUCACUGUAUCCAAAGAGGUGAGUAUUGUUAAACUGCAGAAAGACAUUGCACGUAGAAUUGGAGUAGAAUUUUCUGGUGAUGAAGAUGAAACUACAAGGGCAGGGAUGAUCUUUGAAACAUUGUCUCAGAAGGGUAGGUUUGUGAUGAUCUUGGAUGACCUAUGGGAGAAGGUUUCACUUGAGAGAAUAGGAAUUCUUGAUCGUCGGUGA